AUGAAAUUGUCUCUGCUGUCGCUGGCGACGCUGGUCACGGCCGCCGUGGCGGACCUGGACCCUAUUGUUAUCAAGGGAUCCAAGUUCUUCUAUUCCAGCAACAACACUCAAUUCUACCUUCGUGGUGUCGCUUAUCAACAGGAUACCAGCGACAGCACUAGCUACAAGGAUCCCCUGGCCGAUGCCACCGCUUGCAAGCGUGAUAUCCCCAUUCUCCAGGAACUGCGCACCAACGUCAUCCGCACCUACUCCAUCAACGCCAGUGCCGACCACUCUGAGUGUAUGAAGCUGCUGUCCGAUGCUGGCAUCUACCUGAUCUCCGACCUCUCAGACCCGACUCAGUCCAUCGACCGCAGUGACCCCAACUGGCUGACCAGCUUGUACUCUCGCUACACCAGCGUGAUCGACGAGCUGUCCCAGUACAACAACACCAUUGGAUUCUUCGCCGGCAAUGAGGUCGCCAACACAGUUGACACCACUGACUCGGCCGCCUUUGUCAAGGCUGCUGUGCGCGACAUGAAGACCUACAUCAAGGAGAAGGGAUACCGGUCCAUGGGUGUUGGAUACGCUACUGCUGAUGUCUCGUCGAUUCGUGUGGACCUGGCCAACUACUUUGAUUGUGCGGAAGCCGAUGAGUCUGUGGACUUCUGGGGCUACAACAUCUACUCGUGGUGCGGUAACUCGACUUAUGCCGAUUCUGGAUACAAGGACCGCACUGAGCAGUUCCGCAACUACACUGUUCCCGUCUUCUUCGCUGAGUAUGGUUGCAACGAGGUCACUCCUCGCACUUUCACUGAGGUGAAGGCUCUGUAUGGUGACACCAUGGCCGAGGUUUGGUCGGGUGGUAUCGUCUACAUGUACUUCCAGGAGACUAACAACUACGGUCUGGUUUCCGUUGUGGACACCACCAGCGUAAGCACCAUGCCCGACUUCAAGUACUACUCCAGCGAGAUCGCCAGCGUCAACCCCACCGGUACCAACAAGGCCUCCUACACCCCGACCAACACCGCCCUGCAAAGCUGCCCGACCGUGGGAAGCGGGUGGCAAGCCAAGUCCUCGCCCAUGCCCCCGACUCCGGACUCCAACCUGUGCGAGUGCAUCUACGAGGAGUCCGCCUGUGUCGCCUCGUCCAGCCUCGGUACCACCAAGUUGGCCAGCCUGCUCAGUACCGUCUGCGGCUACACUGACUGUGGUGGUGUGAGCGCCAACGCGACCACCGGCGAGUACGGUGCGUACAGCAUGUGCGAGAUCAGGUACAAGCUCGCCUUCGCCCUUAACAAGUACUACAAGGAGCAGGACAAGGACUCUAGCGCCUGUGACUUCUCCAGCUCUGCUUCUACCAAGGCUACCACUGCCGCGACUGGAACUUGCUCUGCGCAGAUUAAGGAGGCUGGUACCGCUGGCACUGGUACUGUUACCACCGAGGCGACUGCUACUGCUGGUUCGUCCUCGAGCUCAUCUACCUCCUCCAGCGCUGGUGCCCCUGUCACUCUCCACUUUAGCGUGACUGUCGGUUAUUUCCAGGUCGGCGUUUACGCCGCCACUGCCUUGUUCGCUGGUCUGGGUAUGAUCCUGCUGUAA